GCGGAACUGAAUAAAAGGAACGUAUUUUCUACCGAACACAUUUCGAACAAGUACGCGUUCUCCCGUUGCCUUGGCAGCAGCGACUUCAGGAAGAACGUUCGGGCGAUUAAUGAUGGAUGCUCGAGAGACAGAUCUGCUGGGUGGCAUUGAGAACAUAGUUGAAAUGCAGAAUUUGGAAGAAGAGGACUUUGCUGUUUCAAAAUCAUCAGAUGCUUAUGCAGAGUUUGACAUGGUUAUUGGGAACAUCGAGGAUAUUAUAAUGGAGGAUGAAUUCCAACAUCUUCAGCAGUCUUUCAUGGAGAAAUAUUACCUUGAGUUUGAGGAGUCUGAGGAGAACAAGCUCAGCUAUACACCUAUUUUUAAUGAAUAUAUUGAAGUCCUAGAAAAACAUCUGGAACAGCAGUUGGUAGAGCGAAUUCCUGGAUUCCACAUGGAUGCCUUCACCCAUUCACUUAAACAGCACAAAGAUGAAGUCUCGGGUGACAUACUUGACAUGCUGCUCACUUUCACUGACUUUAUGGCCUUUAAAGAGAUGUUCAUUGAUUACAGAGCAGAAAAGGAGGGCAGAGGAUUGGACCUUAGUACUGGACUGGUGGUGAAAUCUUUAAAUUCUGACCUCUAGCAUGGCCUCAAUAGGCAUUUCAUGUAAAUGAACUUAGUCAGUCAACACUUAUGAUUAUUCCCAUUUAAAAAUAUUAAUAUUUAUUGAAAAUACCUUUCUGUCACAUCCCAAAACAACAGCCACGGUUAUACUUGACAGAAGGGGAUUGGUGUUUAAUUUAGGUUAAUGUUUAAACGUAACAUUAGGGUUAUCUGUCAGCUUAUCCGUUAUGACUCGUCUAACAGUAUUCAUCUGUCACCAAAUCCACUCGGUCUGAUCAGCCGUUCUUAUCUUGUUGGCCUACAGCACAGCUAAACACUAUUGCAGCAAACUGAUGUAGAAAGCUGUAUCUCAAAGCUGCCAUUUUAUUGCAAAUAUACCCAAAUAAUUCCUUUCACUUGACAAUCAUUAAGGGCUUUACAAUACAAAAGUAUUCUACAACGUGCCUGAUAUGACAACAGAUAUAAAAGACCAUUUUUCCAUUUAAAAGACUUCCAAGUCUUUAAGUAAAAUAUUACAUAAUUAAAAAGUGUUAAUAUAGUUACCAGAAGCAAUGUAAAUAAUCGGUUUUCAUGCUUUUAAUGUGAUGCUGAGUAUAUGUUUUGGAUGUCUCUCAUAUCCUCUGCGUGACAAUGAGAAGGAAAGACUCAUAAGAGCAUCUCAAAACAAUACUUAGUUUUGUUGAUAUAUAUAAAUUUCAACCUCUUACUCCCUUGUUUGGUUAGAGAAAUGUGGUGUUCUUACUAGAUGAAUGUUGUGUUAUCAUGAACAUUUGUUAAUUAUUUGUAUAUAUAUAGACAUUUGAGCCUCUGUAUGAAAGAAAUAAAUACAAUGGUUUUUCAUUAUAUUUUAUCAAAGCAGUUCUAUGCUCAAAACAAUUACAUUCUUAAGCAUAACUUUACAAUAAUGCAAGAACCUCACCACUUAAAUACAUAGUUUCUCAAGUAAUUUAGUGUAUCUUAGAAAAAUAGUAGACAAAAACACCUGCAAAUUAAGAAAACAUUUUCAUCAAUUUGACAACACAAGUACUGCAAAUGCUCACAGCACAAAUAAAGAAAUGCAAU